AGGCACGCAGAGGGCAGCUAAAUCUCGCAGCCGUAUAUUUUGGGGUCCUUCAGCGUCAGACUGCUGCUUUCUCUAGACAGCAUCUUCGUCGAUGGCGGAUUACGAUAACUACGAUGACCGGGACCGGGCUUACGGGAGCUUCGGAGGAGGGAGAGGACCCCGAGGCGGCGGCGGCGGAGGCCCAGGUGGACCCCGAAAGCAGAAGGAGCUCCCCACAGAGCCGCCCUACACGGCGUACGUCGGCAACCUGCCCUUCAACACAGUGCAAGGAGACAUAGACGCCAUCUUCAAAGACCUGAGCAUCAGGAGCGUUCGACUAGUGCGAGACAAAGAGACAGACAAGUUCAAAGGUUUCUGUUAUGUAGAGUUUGACGACUUGGAGUCUCUGAAAGAGGCUUUGACGUACGACGGCGCUCUGCUCGGGGACCGAUCUUUGCGGGUGGACAUCGCCGAGGGCCGAAAGCAGGAGCGUGGCGCUGGAGGCUUCGGCUUCCGGAAAGACGACAGAGGCCGUGGUGGCUCACGCGGGGCCCGAGGAGGGGGACGUGACUCCAGAGACGACUUCGACCCGUCUGGAGGAGGUGCGCCGUCUGAACCGGGAUUUAGAGAUGAUGACUUCAUGAGUGGGAGGAGUCGAGGAGGCGGUCGCCCUGGCGACAGAAGGGGCGGAGCAGGAGGAGGAGGAGGAGGCAUGGGGCGCUUCAGAGAUGGACCUCCUCGAGGAGCCCAGACAGACUUCAGAGAACCCUCUGACGAGGAAAGAGCGCAGAGACCGAGGCUACAGCUGAAGCCGCGCACCGUGGCAGCUCCCCUCAACCAGGUGGCCAACCCCAACUCGGCCAUCUUUGGGGGCGCCAAACCCAGGGAGGAGAAUUAGUAUCUGUGUCAGUGUGGCUGCAUUAUUCCGGAAGGCUAUACUGGAUUCUACUGGCUUUGAUCACCAUAAAAUCUUUCCGAGACUUCAGUGACAUGCAGGCAGGGGCACGAGGUGCUGGUCUCCUCUCGAAUCCAAACGAGCCCUCAUCCGAUUGGCUUAAAGGACGCGGAGGUGGGGGCUCUAGAAAGGGGUGGGGCUCAGUCUUAACUCCGCCUCUGCCUGUCCUCGCUGGCUCCUCCCACACGCCUCAAAGAACACAAACUUGGAGGACGGCAUCUCCAGGUUGAUUGCGUUUAAGGACUUCGACAUCUCUUUCCCUUCCCAAAGUACCUUUGUGUUUUUGAAUUUGUAGACGCGCGGACGUAAUUGCCGCCGUGUUCUUUUUAUAUUUUGCUCUUUAAAUUUCUUUGCUGUAUUUGAGGAUUAAAACGUUGAGCUUGAUUCUUAAUUAAACCAUUUCAAAGUAAAGAGCUUUUUUUUUUUUUUUUUUUUUGAGUUCUUGUUGCCUCGUCCUUACGAAAGAUUUCCCCACCCUGACCAAAUCCUGGCUCAUCCAGAGCUUUCGGGAACAAUGUGCCACAUGUUUCAUUGAUUUAGAAGAGUAUGCAUGAUAGGUUUGGUUGGUGACACUGACACGAGGGUCUACGGUCUACAGACACAUCCACAGCUUGGCUGCAGUUUAUUUCUUUCCAGAUGAGAAAACGGUAGAAACGAUGAGCCGUAACACCAUCAGUACUGCCUUUCCAUAUGAAGCUAAUUGAACAAGAAUGAACUGCUCACACAUUUCCAGACACGCCAGGCGCUGUAGUUUCAUCGAGUCUAGAGUCCUCAUGGGAAAUCUGUCGCAUCCCUUCUCUGCAUUUUACUGGAUAUAAAUGAGGAAGUUCACCUUUUUUUUUUUUCUUACUGUAUAAUAGAGGUCAGCUGGUUUUAUUUUGUUUUUACACUGUUUAUGGCAAUAAACUGUAUCAUCUUACA